AUCAAUACAAAAAUGUACAACUUUACCAUAAAUGUUUCUUCAAGAGAUAAAAUCCAUCUUUUGAGAAAAAUAAGGAAAUGCAAACAAAAAAGUGGAAGGUAUGCGUUACAGUCACACAGUUGCAGCUUUAUAGGUGACACAAUUCAUUAUUUAUCGCCGGCAUCAACAGCUUCAAAAUCGAUAAACGAAGGUGAUUUUUUUGACUAUCAUGAUUUUAUACCGCCCGAGAUUUUCUUGCCAAUUGGCACUUAUCCCUCUUCUUCGUCAACCUCUAUAUCCUGCGUUGAACCUACUUUGCAAAGGACAAUUUGCAUUAUUAAACCAGAAGCAAUGGAGUACAAGGAUGUCGUUUUAAGAGCAGUAACAGAAGAAGGGUUGCAUAUUAUUUCGAAAAGACUUGUUCAUCUAACACCAGAACAAGUAUCUGAAAUCUAUGCUCAACAAUAUGGCAGCUACAUGUUCCCGCACAUCAUACUAAGUUGUAGCAUAGGACCACUCAUGGUACUUGUUCUAGCAGGACUUAAUGCCAUCGAAAGAUGGAAGCAAAUGGUAGGCCCUUAUCGAGUUUUAAGGGAGGAAUGGUUUUUUCCAUAUAGCGUUAGAACCAGAUUUGGCAUAGAAGACGAUAAGACCGACGUAUUGCAUGCUUCGGAGAAUUUGGUUGCGUCUAACAAUGAAAACCGAUAUUUUUUUCCAAGAAGUAUUUUGGAGCCCAUAUUGUGUGACGAAGAAAAAGUUAUUGACUACUUAUCAUUGCAUGUUAAUGAAACUUUGCUAAAAGGGUUAACAGAAAUUGUUAAAGUAAAGCCAAUAGAUCCUGUUAUGCAUUUGGCGGAAUGGUUACUUAUGAAUAACCCAUACCAACCACAUUUCCCUGGACUUAUUCCAUUAGCCCCAACGUAAUACACUUUUUUUUACAAAUAUACUUUGAC